AUGGCGGACCAACGUUUCCGCCCCUGCGGGAACCAGCUCCGCCGCUGGCUCCUGGAUUCCGGAAACUUGGUGUUGUUUAGCCGGGGAGAUUCCCCAAGUGUUAUAACGUGGCAGAGUUUUGACCAUCCCACGGACACUUUGUUGCCUGCAAUGAAGCUUGGGCUGGACCGUCGGACCCGUCUGAACCGGUUUUUGACGUCUUGGAAAUCCGGGGACGACCCGGCUACAGGGGAAUACUCUUACCGGGUUGAGCCGGUCGGAUCGACACAACUAGUUCUGUAUAGGGGAUCCACCCGGUUGUGGCGGUCCUCGCCGUGGAUUGAGUACCAGUGGAGCGGCAAAACCGACCUGAUAUCCGAGUCCAAAUUCAACAUCACCCUUGUUGACAAUGAUGAGGAAGUCGUUUGUGAGUACAACUUGAUUAAUCCAUCAAUUGUGUCUAGAAUUUUCCUGGAUCCGUCAGGCCACAUAGAACUGGCGACAUGGGUCGAGGGCAGCAAUAAAUGGGUUUGGUUUCGUAGCUUUCCAGGUGAGCAAUGCGAGUAUGGCCAUUGUGGGGCCAAUGGCCUCUGUCUCCCGCAUAAUGGGCAAAACUUCGAAUGCUCGUGCCUUCCUGGAUACGAACCCAAAUUGGGCGACGAACCCAAAUUGGGCGGCUGUGUGAAGAGAAGGCUCGGGUUGUCCAUGUGCAAGAACGGGGAGGGUUUCGUGAAAGUUUCAAAUAUGAAGAUGCCGGAUUCGUCCAAGGCCCGGGUUCAAACGGGUCUGAGCUUAUCAGAGUGUCAGUGGGCGUGUUUGGGUAACUGUUCUUGCAACGCUUACGCUGGCGGAAAUGGAGGCAAGUGCAUCAUGUGGUAUGGGAAGUUAAUGGAUGUAGUGAUGGACCAAGAUUGGGGUGGGAACUUGUAUGUACGAGUCGAUGCGGUUGAAUUAGAAAAAAAGACACAGAAUUCUAAUUCUAUUAGAAAGAAGGUGACUAUCCUGGUGAUGUCUGUUGUUGCAACGUUGCUUUCGAUUGUUCUCAUAGUGGUCUGGUUUGUGAUUAAGAGAAGAAGAGGCUUGGAGGACAACAAACAUAAAUUGCUCACAUGGAGAAGACGUCUAGAUAUUGUUAUAGGAAUUGCUCGGGGACUUCUUUACCUCCACCAAGAUUCACAGUUAAGAGUUAUCCAUAGAGAUCUUAAGACUAGCAAUAUUUUACUGGAUUCUAAGAUGAAUCCUAAAAUAUCAGAUUUUGGCCUUGCUAGAAUUAUUGGAGGAGAUCAAUCAUCAACUAUAACAAGAAGGGUGGUUGGAACUUAG